CACCAUUAGGCUUAGAGAAAAAAUGAAUGGCAUGUUUGUAUUUCGACAUUAAACAUUAGUUUUAUCAUUCAUUUGUCUUGAAUCUGAUGAUGAUGAUAACUAUCAACAUAUGUGUGUGUGUGUGUGUGUCCGGAGAAGAUGGGGCAUGCCCAGUUAGGUAAGGCUGUCUGUCUCUCUCACAGAAUUUGCACAGUGCCUCAGCUCUAAUUCAUUCCCUAUAGAUACACUAAUCUUCUCUGAUCCUUCCCAGCCACCACUACAUCUCAAUACAGUGCCCACGAGAUUAAAAAGAGAGAGAGAGAGAGAGAGAGAUGAUGUUGUUCUCGAUGAAAUCCAUGUCAGUAAGGAAAGUAGAUGAGCUCCGUGAUGAAGGGCAAGAAGAAGAAGAAGAAGAAGAAGAGGUGGAGGAUUGCAGAAGAGAUGUUAUUAUUAGGGAGGAGGAGGAGGAUGGGCCAGCGUGGACAUCGCUGACGGUGUGGAGGAAAUCACUGGUGUUGAGCUGUGAAGGGUUCACAGUGAUAGAUUCCAAUGGGGGCUUAGCGUUUAGGGUUGAUAAUUACAAUGAACGUCGUCCCCACCAACUCACUCUCAUGGAUGCCUCCGGCAACCCUCUCCUCACCAUGUGUCGUCCUAAGAAGCUUAGACUCGUGGAUAAGCUGUGGCUUGUGUACGAAGGCGAAGUUGGAGAGCGUUCGUCUUCCAAGAAAGAGAUCAAGCCCAUCUACUGCGUGAGGAAACACGUUAAUAUCCUCCAGCCCAAUCCGGACGUGCUUGCGGACGUGUAUUCUGGGCCGUCCGAUAAGAAACGAGCGUACGUGAUUUACGGUAGAUACGCGGAGAGAUCAUGCAGGGUGCUGGAUGAUGAGAGGAGGCAGGUGGUGGCGGAGAUCAAGAGGAAGGAGCCCAUCAACCACGGAGCUUCUUUCGGAUUGGAGGUCUUCCUGCUCAUCGUACGGCCAGGAUUCAGUCCCGCCUUCGCCAUGGCUAUGGUUCUCUUGCUGGAUCAGAUGUUUUCUUGAAUUAAGUUACCGUUCACUAAUUAAUGUAAUAUUGUAGGAGUUGGUAUUUUAGUAAUUUCGGUCUAUUAUAUGGAUUGAUUUGAUAAUUGAAUUAAAUUAACUAGUUUUGA